GAAACACAGACAGAGAUGACAGAAAGUGACAGAGGUGAGUUGGAAGAGAAUUGAGAAAAGAGAGGGAGAAAGAGGGAGAGGGAGGAAGAGAGCAAGAGCAACGUAAUCUGCCACAGACCACACGCACGCAAACACGCACACAGAUAUCAGGAAGUAAUCUGUUCCGUGCUGACUGUGCAGGGUGCUGUCUUGUCUGUAAGCAGAAGAGUGUGUACCGUACGUCAGUGUGUGUGUCUGCCGACAACAGGCUGCAAGUAUGACCCUCUCACCUGAAAUCUAAGGAUCUCUCACCCCACUGGACAGACACAUGGACACACAGCUACACGGACCUACACCAUGGGCUCAAGAUUAAACACAGGAAGCAGGUUUGCACAGUUGCCGGCGGUAACACUGUUGCCGACAAUGUGAUGGUACUAGUAGCCGUAUUCAAAGAAGAAUCAAGGCCUGUAUUCUUCCACUACUUAUUCUCGGUUGACCUGAACACGUUCUCCUUCCGCAGAGAAAACCCUGACAGGACCUUCUACUGGUUCUUUGAAGCAUCUUGUCCAAUCGCAAAUGACAAAGAUGAACGUGGUACCUUCAGGCGUUUGGAAAUAGCUGAGUUUGAAGAUCCUGGCGUGUUGUUUCAGUUUCCUGAAGACUUCAGUGAUGAGGAAUCCCUCCAGACUCUACCAAGGUUCUGCUUUCCCUAUGACAUAGAGAGAGUGAGAGAUGUGGUAGCAGUGCAACACUUCACCUUUGUGUUGACUGACUUGGAGGGAUGCCAACGCUUCGGCUUCUGUCGCCUCACCAGCAGCUCACACACCUGCCUCUGUAUGCUUAGCUACCUACCUUGGUUUGAAGUGUUUUACAAACUUCUGAACAACCUGGCUGACUAUCUGACCAAGGGACAGACCAAUGAGAUGCGAGAACUGCUGGGCGCCCUCUACACACAUCCCCUGCCAUUGGCUGUCGGCUCUGUCACUCUGCAGCUGGGAGAGAAGCUAUUGGUCAGGACAGAGAUGCCCCGCCCUCCUGGACAUGCCCCCCUCACUCCGGGGAAGGGGCAGGAAGGGGUCCCGUACUUCAUCGCUCCAGACCCCAGAGGACUCCCUUCCAUCCCUGAGAGUAGGAACCUGACAGAGUUGGUGGUAGCGGUAGAUGUGUCUAACCUCCUCCAGCUCUAUGCCAGCAUGUUGUUUGAGAGACGCAUCCUCAUCCUCUCCAGCAAACUCAGCACAUUGACAGCGUGUGUUCAUGCCCUCAGUGCUGUGCUCUACCCCAUGUACUGGCAACACAUCUUCAUACCUGUCCUGCCCCCACACCUACUGGACUACUGCUGUGCUCCGAUGCCCUUCCUCAUAGGAGUCCACUCCAGUCUGACAGAGGUACAGUAACUACAGCGUCUCCAUGGUUUCCAUAAGGUUCUAAUGGUGUUUCAUCC